AUGUGUUUAACUGAAACUAUUAAUUUAUCGAAGAGUGAUACCGAUGAAAAUCGGAAACCGGAAACGCGUAUUAUCACUCUUAAUUAUGGUGAUGAUCUCGACCAGUUAGUAUUUCGUUUCCAGAAAGGCUGGUAUGUACGUUUUGUUCGUGGUUCAAGUCUUUUGGGACGUGAUGUGAAUGUCUUUACGUCAAUUUCGGGUAAGAUAUCCUGGAAUGAGGGUACUGAUGAAUUUGCAACAUUUGCUGAAAUUAAAUGUGAACAAUCUGGUGCUUUCUCAUAUCAUUUUAUUGUUGAUAAUGAAAGUAAAAUAGCUGGUAGUGGAUACAUUCUGGUUAUGCCAAUUUUAUUCCUCAAUAAACAUCCAUUACUUCUGAAUGCAGUAACAUGUAUCACACAUAUCUCAAAACUUCUUGGUACAUUUGAUAUGUGGGAGAAACGUUUACAAAUAGCUGCAAAAGCAAAAUAUAAUAUGAUUCAUUUCACUCCUGUUCAACAACUUGGAAUUUCAAAUAGCAGUUAUUGUAUUGCUGAUCCAAUGCAAUUGAAUCCGAAUUUCAAUACAGCCGGAAAACAGUAUACAUAUGACGAUUUGGCAAUAUUAAUAAAAAAUCUCGAAAAAGAUUAUCAUUUAUUAUCAAUACAAGAUGUUGUAUGGAAUCAUGCAGCUCGUAAUGCUUUAUGGCUUUUAGAACAUCCAGAAUGCGCUUAUAAUUUAAAAAAUAGUCCACAUUUGCGACCAGCUUAUAUUCUUGAUCGACUUUUAUAUCAUUUUGGUAUGGAUAUUAUGAAUGGAAAAUAUAAGAAUCGAAAUCUUAGCAAGGAAAUUAAUAGUGUUGAACAUUUAAGAACUAUCCUUGACAUUUUGCGCAAUGAAAUUUUACCACAAUUGAGAGUUCACGAAUUCUUUCAAGUUGACAUUGAGAAAAUGGUGACAGAAUUUGAAAAAUAUGUCGAAGAAGGAGCAUCUCCAGAAGUACGAGAUGAAAUGUUAGAAUCAAAGCCAGGAUUGAACUGGAAUCGAUUUGGCUUCAUCGUUGACAUGAAUCAUGCAAAUAUGAUUUUUAACAGAGAAAGGAAUGAUGCUUGUGAUGAGAAAGAUAGACAAUGGAAGUGUUUGGAAGCAUUUCAAGCACAUCUUCAAUUCCUGAAUGAAAAAGCAUUGAAAACAGGUGCAGAAAUUUAUGAAAAUAUAUUGCAAGCUUGUGCUGGUCAUAUUUCUUAUGAACGAAUUGAUCAGUCGGGACCGAAACGACGUGAAUUAACCGAGAUUUUCGGGCUUGUCACGCAAUAUUUUGUACAACCAUUUCCAUCACUGUCUUCAUGGAAAGAUGAGGAGAAAUUUGCUUAUAACAAUGAAACAGCUGAAAAAAUAAUGGCAUGUAAUGGAUGGGUUAUGAAUGAUAAUCCAUUAUCAAAUUUUGCACAUUAUCCAUCGCAGGUUUACCUGAUGAGACAUUUGGUAUGUUGGGGUGAUUGUAUUAAGUUAAAUUAUGGCGAAAAGCCGGAAGAUUGCCCGUAUUUAUGGGAUCUGAUGAAGAAAUACACUCAACGUUGUGCAAAAAUAUUUCAUGGUUUACGUAUUGAUAAUUGUCACAGUACACCAAUACAUGUUGCUGAAUAUUUAUUAAAAGCUGCUCGUGAAAUACGACCAGAUAUCUAUGUUAUAGCAGAACUUUUCACACAGAGUGAAAAUUUGGAUAAUAUUUUUGUAAAUCGACUUGGAAUAACUUCUUUAAUACGAGAAGCUCAAAAUGCUCCAAUAAGUUUUGAACAAGGUCGUUUAAUUUAUCGAUUUGGCGGUGAUGUAUUAGGUGGAUUUAUUCAAAAAUCAAUUCAAGAUGCAAGAUCUUGCAUAGCACCAGCUUUAUUCUUUGAUCAAACACAUGAUAAUCCUUCAGCUAUUGAAAAACGUUCCGUUUAUGAUUGUAUACCAACAGCAGCAAUGCUAGCAAUGGCAAACUGUGGUAUUGGCAGUGUUCGAGGAUAUGAUGAACUUGUCCCUUAUAAGAUAGAUGUUGUUAGUGAAACACGUAAUUAUACGACGUGGGAUGAAGUAAAACAAUCGUCUACUAUUAUUCCAGCACGUGCCGCACUGAAUAGCUUGCAUGUUUGGCUUGCAGAACAUAAUUAUACUCAGAUUUAUGUUGAUCAACGAACACCGGAUAUUGUAGCUGUAACACGACAUAAUCCGGUAACUCACGAAAAAGUUAUUAUGCUUGCAUAUACUGCUUUCAAUAAGAAUGCCAUUUGCUAUGAUUGUCCAGCAGUUGAAGAUUUGACAUUUACUGGUGUAUUGGAUGAAAUUGUAUUGGAAAUCGAAUUUUCCUAUACGGAUAAAGGACGACAAGAAAGUGAAGACAAAAUUGUUGGUUUAAAUGGUGCUAAAGUGGAAGUUCGAGAGCAUUUGAAAGGAAAUGAUUCGAAAUUAGCAAUCAUCAAACAGUAUGAAACAAAUGGCAAACUUCAUCUGAAACAUUUUCCUUCCGGAUCAGUUAUUGUUAUAAAAGUAUCACCAAUUAAGAAAGCUACAGAAGCAAUCAAAUUGAUUCGUGAUUAUUUAUCUGGAAAGAAUGAUUUCAUAAAAACAUAUUUUGUGAAUGCAUUAAAACAAUCAACUCUGCAAACUUUCAAUAUACUUUUAUUCCGAUGUGCUGCAGAAGAUGAGGAUGAUUUCGGAUCAAGCUCUUAUAAUAUACCUCAUUGGAAAACAUUAGAUUAUUGUGGUUUACAAGGAUUAUUACCAUAUUUAAAUAAUAUUCGGUUUGAUAAUGAUCUCGGACAUCCGAUAUGUCAAAAUUUACGUGAUGGCUUAUGGCUUUGUGAUUAUAUUUACCAUAGGCUCAGUAAGCAUAAUCCAAUGUUGACAGAAAUUGCUCGUAUUAUUCGAAUUUUAUUCUUACCACUUCAUGAAGUACCAUAUGAUUUAAGACCUUGCUAUUUUGAAGCAUUAUUUUCGCUAAUUUAUGAAACAACAUUGGAACAGUUGAUGAAAAAAUUAAGUCGACCAUUUGUAACAGCAUCGAUAUAUGUUCAAUCAUUAGCGCUAUCUUCUGUAGCUUUUCUUGGAGCAGUUAAAAAUUCAAAGUUAGCGCUUCUACCGGAUGGAUAUAAGAUAGAAGAUGAUCUGCCUUCAUCUCUUUCCGCUGGUUUACCGCAUUUCUCAACUGGAUUUUGGAGAAAUUGGGGACGAGAUACUUUCAUCGCAUUACCUGGUUGCUGCCUUGUUACAGGUCGAUUUCAGGAUGCACGAAACUUAAUCCUGUCAUAUGGUGGUGCAAUAAGACAUGGAUUAAUACCGAAUCUUUUGGAUGGUGGAUACGGUGCACGUUAUAAUGCUCGUGAUGCUGUUUGGUUCUGGUUGUAUGCCAUUGUGAAGUAUAUUGAAAUGGUUCCACAAGGUGUCGAGAUUCUCAAAAGUAAAGUACUUCGUAUAUUCAUCCAUGAUGAUACCAUCUAUGGUCAUGACUUAACUGAGCAGUAUCUUGCUGAUACGAUGCAAGAAGCACUUAUGAGACAUUUUAAUGGAAUAGAAUUUAUAGAACGUAAUGCUGGCCCUAGAAUUGAUGAACAUAUGCAGGAGCAAGGCUUUCAUGUAAAAGCAUAUGUUGACCACACUACGGGUUUUAUAUUUGGCGGUAAUAUCUAUAAUUGCGGUACAUGGAUGGAUAAGAUGGGAAGUUCUGAGAAAGCUGGUAAUAAAGGUUGGCCAGCAACACCCAGAGAUGGUGCUGCUGUUGAAUUGCAGGGCCUUUGUUUUGCAGUUAUUGAAAAAUUAGAUGAAUUGUAUCAGAAAAAAUUCUAUCCGUACGAAGGAGUCUUUAAUGAAAAUGAAAUUUGGACAUGGCAAAAAUGGGCGAAUAUUAUGAAAAAUAAUUUCGAACGCUUUUUUUAUGUAGCUGACAAUGACUUAUCACAGUACGUAAAUAGACGUGGUAUAAUUAAAGAUACGUAUGGUUCCACGCAAGGUUAUACUGAUUAUCAAUUAAGACCGAAUUUCUCGAUUGCAUUAGCCGUGGCUCCAAAACUGAUAGCUCCAGAAAAAGCUUGGCAAGCACUGCAAAUUGCAGAGAAAGAAUUACUUGGGCCAUUGGGUAUCAAAACUCUUGAUCCAAGUGAUUAUAAUUAUUGUCCAUUCUACAAUCAAGACGAUGAUAGUACGGAAAAGAAAACAGCUCGAGGUUGGAGCUAUCAUCAAGGCCCGGAAUGGUUAUGGGUAGGAAUGUUUUUUUAUCGAGCAAAAUUAUCCAUAGCAAAAAUAAUCAGCGAAGAAAAGAAUACAGCGGAAUUUUAUGAGAAAGCAAAACGAUUCGUACGAUCACGAAUGGGUGCUUAUUGGGAACAUUUGAAGCAUUCAACUUGGGCAUCACUACCUGAAUUAACCAAUGCAAAUGGCUCUCCAUGUUAUCAUUCAUGUGGUGCACAAGCAUGGAGUAUUGGUUGCAUGCUGGAAAUGGUUGAUGAAUUAUAUGAAUUACAUAAAUUUUAA